AUGGCGGAGGCGGCGCCGCUCCUCCCUGGCCUCCCCAAUGACAUCACCAUCUGGGAGAUCCUGCUCCGCCUCACCCCCAAACCCCUCCUCCGCUGCCGCGCCGUAUGCCCCGCCUGGCGCCGCGCCACCUCCGACCGCGACUUCCUCCUCGCCCACCACGGCAGCCGACAAGCUCCAGUCCCCGUCGCGCGAUUUGACGACGCCUCUUGCUUCAUUCCGGUGGCCUGCUGUGACGGCCUCCUCGUCUUACGCACCUAUAGUAAGAGGGGUGAGAGGCGCCUCUCCAUCUGCAACCCGGCCACUCGUCAGUAUGCUCCCCUCCACCAGCUUCGUGGCUUCAAGCUCUUGGGGAUAUACCCACACGGCCCUACCGGCGACUACCGACUGUUGCUCUACCUGAAAGCUGAUGCUCAAUGUGGCACCUAUGUCUUCACAUUAGGCUCUGGCCUGCCGCCGAGGCACAUAAGGGGCCCUGACGCCAAGGAAUUGGAAUUGAUAAACUCCCGUGGAUCUCUCCUUUUCCAUGGUAGCUUGCAUUGGCACGCAGACAACCUGAUAAUGGUAUUUGACACCACCGCUGAGUCGUUCCGGCAGAUGCACUCUCCGAUUGUUUCUGGCCAUGUCAUUGCUGGCCUGUUUGAGAUGGGUGACAUGCUUGCCAUGUUCAGCCUUAAUGACGAAGAGACCAUUGUUGAUAUCUGGGUGAUGCGGGACUAUCAAGGCCAAGUCUGGGCCUCCAAAGGCCGGGUUGAAUUUCCCAUUCAAGAGCUCAUGGCGCAAUCUGAAGAUCUUGGUAGCUGCUGGGAAGUGGAGGCCACAUAUUGGGAUGGUGAUCUGCUGGUGCUGGCCAAAUUUGACAACGGCUCGCUACAUCAGGUUGACAUCGCUGGCAAGUUGGUUGACAGUUUCCGUCACAGACUCCUCUGUCCUACCCCACUUCGGCUGAAACAAUCUCUAGUUUCACAUACCUUCUUUCCGGCACUAGAGGGUUAUGUUGUCAAUGCUCCGCCUUUCAUCUGACUUCAGCUCAAUGACUCCCUAUAUUUCUUUGAAUGUCAUUUUGGGCUGAAGUGCCUGACGUGAGUGAUGAUGCUAAAAUUACAAGUCAUUUGGAUCAGCGUUUGAAAUGUUUGCCGAUUACUGUGGAUCAUGACUAUGUCUUGUUAAACUCAGUUAUGGGCUUCUUUUGCCCCCGUUAUAUAGUGUUCUGCUUAGUACUUAAUUACUUGGUUGUUUUGGUUAGCAUUUGAAAUAGUUGUCGAUUGAUCUGCCUCAUAUCUCUGUUUUUCUCUGAAAUGAAGAAUUGCCUUAGUUUUUCUUACCAAGGUCUUAUUUAUUGAAGAUCAUAUUGUGGUUUCCUGUUUCCUGCGCUCUUGAU